UGUUAUUGUGCAUCGUUCUUAUCAGUUCAGUUUCUUCGUUUUUUUUUUCGUUCGUUGCAAAAAUGGAUUAAAUUGUAGAUUUUAUUUUUUUCGAGCACUUAUAGUAGUAGACCAAAUGCCACCCACAGAAACACUGCGACCGGGGGAACGCGGGGGAGCCGGUGGAUCGGGGGGAGCGGGACCCGAGCAAACGCACAUCAUUAGGCAGAGCAGCAAAUACUAUGAGCACCGCGAUUCCCAGGCCACGGCCAUGUCGGUGGACUACACGGGUCAAUGGGUGCUCCUCGCGGGACGCGGUCACCUGGCCCUGCAGCGCUUGGGACAGGACGACGGAUCCUUGCGCCGGCACGAGCGGCAGUCCAAGUACGAGGUAUCAGUGGCAGAAUUUGCCAUAUGUCCCAGUCGCAAAGAGUACUGCGCCAUAGCGACCAGCCAACACAUAGACAUUGUGCGCUGGGGCGUUGCAGAGCCCCACUACGAGAUGUCCUUGCGCGGGCACACUCGCACGGUGACUGACAUCGACUGGCACAGCCAGGACCCGAACCUGCUGGUCAGCUGCUCCAUAGACACCUUCUCUCACAUCUGGGACUUGAGGGAACCAAGAAAACCAACCGUAUCCUUGAAUGCCGUCUGCAUGUCUGGUGCCACCCAAGUGGGCUUUAACCGCGUUUCUGGCAAUCUUUUGGCUGCCGCCCACGAUGGAGAUCUACGCAUCUGGGAUCUUCGCAAGGGCAGCUGCCCAACACACUACAUUACUGCGCAUUUAAAUAGGGUCCACGGAAUCAAUUGGAGCCACAAAAGAGAGACCUGCCUGGCCACCGCCAGUCAGGAUGGGACGGUCAAGUACUUUGAUGUUUGCAAUCCACGCAGGGCCGAGAAAAUCAUCACCACCAUGUCUCCCGUGUGGAGAGCUAGAUACACGCCCAUUGGCAACGGUUUGGUGAGCAUUGUGGUGCCCCACUUGGGCCGCGGUGAAAAUAGCUUACUUCUCUGGAGCAACAGCAAGCAAACGGAUCCAAUUUGCUCCUUUGUGGGUCACACCGAUGUCAUUCUGGACUUUGCCUGGCGUCCCAAUCACGAGAGUUCAACAGAAAUAGAAUUGGUUACGUGGUCCAGGGAUCGCACCCUAAGAGUGUGGAAGAUCGACGAUAACAUGCUUAAACUUUGCGAGCCGUCCGCGGAAGAAGAGGAAUCCCGCUUUGAGCCGGACCUAAGUGAAUUGAGAGUGCCUACUCCUCCGGAGUUCCUGCAUCCACGUUCAAUUUUGGUAGCCGCCUCGCUGCCGAUUUCUACGGGUGACGGAGCAUGCAGUACGCUGCCCAUGGCCCGCUCUCCUAGCUUUGGAGGCGGUUACUAUCGACGUGAGGAGCCCCACAUGGCUAGAUCUUUAACAGAUCAGCCCACGUGCUCACUGCACCACGAGUUUUCGCUUCUCAACACAAACAUGCCUCAUGUGGAAGUGGACACGCUAGAUGCUAUAAAGCGAUACGCUUGCUUCAAAAUUUGCGCCGGCGGACACACUGUGAUCCUGCAGGUUACAUUUGCCACUUCAUAUCCGAGUCCCAGUGCUCCGCCAGAUUUUCAGCUAUGCCAAGGCACCACUCUCUCUAGCGAGGUGAGUGGCAUUCUGCUUAAGGUUCUGCGUUGCAACGCCUUGCAGCGCGUCAAAAAAUCGCGCACUUGUUUGGAGCAGUGUCUCCGCGCACUAGUUGGGGCCAUGAAGAAAAAGGUUGCAGCUGUAGGAGGAGCGGAUCGCAGUCAACUGCUCUUGCAAUCGCCGCGUUUGGAAGGAGCACUGUCCAGCACCCUUCACGAUGCCUGCAUUCCAUUUCCACGGACAUCGGGGGUGCAUUUUAAUGCCACUGGUAUGCUGACCACUUUUGCCCAGCCGGUGAACAACAAAAGGCUAACCCUGCGGCAACAUUCUGCCCUAACUCCGAGGACUUUCUCUGCGAUAAAUGGCAGUGGGUUGCUUGGCAAUGUAAUGGCUACAGCCCAGCGGGAUGCUAAUGCCUCAUUUUAUCUCCAAGAGAGAAUGAUUUCGGGGAAACCUGGAAAACAACGAGCCAUCCGGCAGAUGAAUGGAAGUCCGGUAGUUCACGUAUACGACACCAGUAGCAUGCUCCACAUUAGUCGCAGCAUGGCCAGGGAGUUCUCGCUGGAUAAGCUGAACAUAGCGGAGACGUGUCGAAAAAAUGGGGAGAUCUGUCGCCAGCAUGGGCGCCUAGAUUUGGUGCCCGUGUGGCUGUUGGCGGAACUUAUAGCCACACCCCAAGUGCCCCAUGAGACGCUCAACGAGCUGCUGUUUUACAAGGAUCCGUUCAAGAAAUCCUUACUAGAAUCGCUGAUUAUGCAUUAUGCCAGUUCCGGUGAUAUACAGACUGCUGUCCUCCUGGCUUGCUUGUUUGACAAGUGUCCCACGGGCGGAAGUGCCAUCAUGGAUAUGGCCAGUCGACUUCCACCGCAGCUGAACUCGCAGAUUUCCCCGUAUCACACGGUGCUCCCACUGGACGUUAAGUCAUCGUCCUCUUCCAACACUUGGCAGCAACUUAAGCAACUGCGGAGCAACUCUUGGUCCGACUCUUUGGAUCAGGAGGUGAAGCAAGUCCAGUCUGAUGCAUAUGCUUGCUCUUUGAUUAGGCGAGCCAAGGUGCCACUGUUCGAUCAAUUUAAGCGCUCCUACGCCGAAAUCCUUUUUGGUUGGCAGUUGCUUUCAAAACGGGCCCUGAUUCUCAAACACACCCAGAAUAUGCCACCUCCCGUCCAGGGUGUGGAAUUCGUUACCGAGUGCGGUUCGUGCGCCAAGCCCAAGCGGACGCCGAAGUGCGAGCCCUGCAAGCGACCAGUACUCUUCUGUGUCCUCUGUCGUUUGCCCGUGAAGGGAGCAGCCAACGCCUGUCUGGCCUGUGGACAUGGCGGACAUAUGGAUCAUAUGAUGCAGUGGUUUGAGAAACACCAAGUAUGUGCAACCUGUGGGUGCAAAUGCUUGGAGCGGACGUCGGAGCUGCUAGCCCUGCUCAGCUGAGCUGGAUUUUGUCGCGUGGCCCUAAACUUUCUAAACAUUUUCUCGUAUCUGUGGAUAUCAAAAUAGUUAGGUGUUUUUUAGUCGUUAAGCAAAAAGAUUUUUGUACGAUUUGCAUACCAUUCAGAAAUAUAUGACCAUUUACUAGCUAA